AUGAAUCAAGGACGGUAUAUGAUGAGUAAUGGAGAAGGCUCAAUGUCUUGCUUCUCCGAGACGAACUCUAGUUCCACAAUCUACAUGAAUCCGACGAGAUCAUCAGGAGACCACGACGGCAUUUCACUCUCUCUUUUACUCAACAUCUCUACCAUGCAAGGCAAAGUCCAUGAGAUCCAAUCUCUGGUCAACUUUUUCAUGAUCUCCCCUAAUAACAAUAACCAAUCCUCGGAGUCAACGUCAUCUUUAGCCGCGGCUAACGUCGAAAGUUUGGUUCAAGACAUCAUCACGGCUGCUUCUUCAAUGUUGUUCACUUGCCAACAACUCCAAAGCUCAGCUAACAGCAACUGCAAUAUCGAUACCAAUGAAACCGAAGAUGCAAUGGGUAUGGAGUUCACCCAAGACUUCGACCCGGAUCAUGAUUUCAUGGGAGAGUCGUCAGUUAACAUUCUUGGUGCCCAAGAAAGAGGAGAUAUUUCGUUUCUCGACCAUACUACGCAGAAUCUUGACUGGUACAGCAAUGAAACCACAAACCCUAACAAAGAUACUCACUGUUCUAAAUCAAGACCAGGGAACUACGAGAUAGUGGAGCUAAGCGUGGAGGAUCUACUAGCGAAAUACACACAUUACUGCCAGGUUUGCGGGAAAGGGUUUAAGAGAGACGCGAAUCUAAGGAUGCACAUGAGAGCGCACGGGGACGAGUACAAGACACGUGAAGCAUUGAUCAGCCCAACCAGCCGUGACAAGAAAGUUGAAUACUCGUCGUCAAUGAGGUACUACUACUCGUGCCCUCAACAAGGGUGUAGAUGGAACCAAAUGCACGAGAAGUUUCAGCCGUUGAAAUCUGUGAUUUGCGCCAAGAAUCAUUACAAGAGAAGUCAUUGUCCGAAGAUAUAUAUGUGCAGAAGAUGCAACGUGAAGCAUUUCUCGGUUCUGUCUGAUCUAAGGACGCACGAGAAGCAUUGUGGGGAUAUCAAGUGGGUUUGCUCUUGUGGAACUAGGUUCUCUAGGAAAGACAAGCUUAUGAGCCAUGUUUCUUUGUUUUCGGGCCACUCACCGGCCCAUGAGCCGUCGCAGCAGCAACCUUCAAUGAUCACCCCCUAAAGUUAUAUCACGGC